AUGAUUACAUAUUUACCUGAUUUCUUUUUAGAAGAAGACGAGGAAUUUAAUGCUUCUAAUAACACUUUUUUAAAUAUCCAGAAAUCAGAAGAACUGGUUACUAACAAUCUACAAAAUGCGGAAAUUAUAACGGGUAAACUAAAAGACAUUAUAAACUUAGGAAAAGUAAAUGAUGAAGCAAUUAGUUUAAGUAUUGAAGAAAUAAAUAAAAGUAUUGAGGAACUUAAAAAUAUGGAAUGCCAAAUUAUGAGAUACAUUGAAGAACAAUCUUCACUUGAGUCAUCUAUACAUAAAAAGUUUGAGGAUUUUUAUCUACUUGAAUUGCAAAAUAAACAAAUGAUUAUAGCAAAUAAAAUGUCAAAUAUUCAAACAUAUUCAAUCAAAAUUAGUGAACAGUAUGAGAAGCAAAGAUAUAAUAGAACUAUGAAUGAAAAAAAAGAGAAAUCUUAUAAGUUGAUGAUUCAUGAACAGAUGAGUUGGAAGGAAUUGAAGAAUUAUUGGAAAAAUAGACAAAUUGAAUAUGAUCAAAGGUACAAACAGUUACUUAAUCUUAAUGAAUAUAUUGAAGAUAGAUUUAAAUCAUUAAAUACUGAAUAUAAUAAUUUGAUUGAAAAUAAAAAUAGAGUAAUAAUAAAUAAACAAAACUUAGAGAUGUUGUUAGAGGUUUCUAAAAAGGAAAUAGAAGAAAAACUGAAUGGAUUAAUUAAAGAAGAUAAUUUAAUAGCAGAUAAAAUAAUAAAAAGUAAUAAGACAAUAGAAAAUCAAGAAGCAGAACUAAAGGUGAUAAAAUCUUCAAUUAAUGAGAGUUUACAUAGCUUGGAAAUACUAGAAAAAAAUAGACUUACAAAAGAAAAUGAUUUGGAAAAUAUGUUGUUAUCAAUAAAAGAGAAGGAUACCAUUUUAUUAAAAAUCAAUGAAAUAUAUGCACUUGAGAAAUUAAAAGUUGAAAAGUUGGCCGGGUAUUCCAAGGAGAGUGAACUUACAAUCCAAGAAAUUAAGAAGCUUGAGAUACAACUUCAAAAUGCAAAAGAUAAUUAUGAAAAUAUCAAGAAUAGGGAAGUUGAAGAUUUGUCAAACUCAGAGGGUAUUAUUGAAUUGCAUCAUGUUGAAAGAGCAAAUGCAGAAUUAAUGGAGGAGAUACAUAUUUUGGAACAAAGUAUUAUAUCAUAUGAAACUUCAAUACGUAUGGAAGCAGAAAAAAUAAUAGAAAAGAAAGAUAUUAGCUCAGUUAAAGAUACUAGUUCAAUAAUAAAUACUAUUAAUGAAGUUAUUGAAAAAAAAGAGAAAGAAAUGGAUAAGGGUUUAUUUGAAUAUUUUAGUAGUACAAAUGAAAAAGGUAUAAGUGAACAAGAUAUUAAAGAAUAUAUUACUAAAAUCAAUAGUAUAUUAAUAAAAGAAGCAAUAAAAGGAAAAGUGGGUAAUCUAAAAAGAAAUAAAGCUGAAAGUAUGCGAAAUAUGGAGAAAUUACUUGUGGAGUCACUGACAUUAUUACAAAAAAUAGAUGAUGAAGAAGCUCAGAGUGAACAAUAUUUUAAAAAUAGCCCAUUACAACAAAUUCUUAUGCAGUAUAAACUAGAUUCUAGUCAGUCAUGCAAUAAUAAUCGACGCCUCUUAACCCCAACAAAGGUAAGUAAGAAAUCUAUUGAUACUUAA